GGCGCCGAACCGAAGCGGCCAGCAGCGCGGCGCGGCGAGGCAGUAAACAGUGCGGGGCGGCUGCUGGCUGGCUGGUGAGCGUCGAUUGUGUGUGUGUACGGCAACCGGUAUCAGGAUCCCUUGGUUAAGACUACCAUCAUCCCCCAGCAAUGGCUCAGGAGAGUGGAUUCCCUGCCAUGGUCAAUGACCGGCUCCUGCGUGCUGCAAGGGGCGAGGAGGUGGACCAGGUGCCUGUGUGGGUUAUGAGGCAGGCUGGCCGAUACCUCCCUGAGUUUCGAGAGGUACGAGCCAAACAUGAUUUCUUCACCAUGUGCCAGACACCAUCACUGUCGUGCCAGGUCACCCUCCAACCCUUGAAUCGCUUCCCGCUGGAUGCUGCCAUCAUCUUCUCUGACAUCCUGGUGAUUCCUCAAGCCUUGGGAAUGGAAGUAGAAAUGAGGCCUGGUGAGAUGUCCAGCUCUCCCACCCCACGUGCUCUCUCUCUCAACCUUUCAUACACAUACCACACAAGAAUCUUGAAACCACCUAACAUGGGCCCAGUGUUCCCAUCUCCGCUGCGUGGGCCUGAGGACCUAUCACGCCUGGCCCCACCAGGGGAUGCCUGCACCAAGCUCCAGUAUGUGUUUGAUGCACUCACACUUACUCGGAAAGAGCUGAAAGGAAAGGCAACACUCAUAGGCUUCAGUGGCGCUCCAUGGACAAUUAUGGCUUACAUGAUAGAAGGCAAAGGUUCCAAGACCAUGAGCAAUGCCAAGGGAUGGCUGUACAAGCAUGCUGAGGCCAGCCACAGACUCCUCAAGAUCAUCACAGAAGCAACCAUUCAUUACCUUGUGGGUCAAGUCAAAGCUGGAGCUCAGGUAUUACAAGUGUUUGAGUCUCAUGCUGAACACUUGGGACCACAACUGUUCAGGGACUUUGCCUUGCCUUACCUGAAGCAGAUCUGUGAUCAAGUGAAGGAACAGGUGAAGCAGCUUGGCCUCCCAGACAUUCCAAUGAUAGUGUUUCCAAAGGGGGGUCACUAUGCCCUGAAGGACCUGGCUUCCCUUAAGUAUGAGGUUAUUGGAAUAGACUGGACAGUGGACCCAAUCUUGGCCAGAGAACUUGUGGGACCAACUAAGGUUCUCCAGGGAAACCUAGACCCCUGUGCCCUCUAUGGUGACAAGAAGUCUAUCGAUGCCGCUGUGAAGGAGAUGGUACAGAAGUUUGGCCGUCAUCGCUACAUCGCUAACCUGGGACAUGGGAUGUACCCAGACAUGGAUCCAGAUCACCUGGCUGCCUUUGUCCAGGCUGUCCAGAAAUACUCCAAGGACUGACUUCCAAGUGCAGCAGUUUGCUCACUCCUUCAUCUGUGAUAAGACUUAAAAGGCAUUCAGAUAUUAGAUUGUGGUGUAAAUAAAUUUGUUAUCUAGCUACAGAGUCUAUGAGUUCAUUGUUAUGUGAAGCACUCUUUGUGGCAUAGCCUUUGUGAAGACUGUUUAAUGUGGAUAAUUGUAAUACCUAAGGAAAAGCAAGUUGCCAAGCUGAACAAAAUCUCUCUACAAUUCUAGCACAAAUAAUAAUGCAUGCAAGCCAUCUAAAAUCUUCCCUUCUACAGAGGCAACCCACAUUAGUGAACCUCAAAGUAUCAUGGGAAGACAAAUUGGGAAGCUCUCUUGUUUAUUUAAAUAUCAUCUUCAACUACAUUUGAGCAUCUACAGUGCAGCUUUAAUGCAUAAGUAUAAAUAUCUAAUAAACAUGCAACAUGUGCUGGCUGGUAUGAUAAAUUACAACUGAACAAUUACUAGAUGACCUUUAUAAGCACAGUAUACUAUUUAAUUUAUUUAGAAUAUCUGUAAUGUGAUGUGCAAUAUAUGUAGUGUCUGCAA